CCGGUACAUUUCGGGAGUUGAAAAGAUGGUAAUUAGGCCGUGCUUACGUGGGACUGCUAGCUGAACCUGGCGAGCAGUGUAUCGAAAGGUGCGGUGCUAGAAACAUCUCGAAAAGUUUAAAUUUUAAGUAAGGAAACGAAUAUAUCAAGGAUCCGUUCACAAUGACUGGACCACCACCGCCAAUCGGGUUCAUACACGACCACCUGCGCUAUAGCGGCGGUCAACCCAGCGGAGUUGAACUCUCGUACGGAUUUCCCAUGCCUUGUGCGACCUUCGACCAGCAACAACCCCCGAGUCCUUCCAGCAGUAGUAGUAGUUCAGACGAUGAAAGUGCGUCAGCAGGUGGCGGCAGUACUUUCCAGAGGGUUCUCUUUCAAGAUGACUUUGACGGAGGCUGCUGGCAACACUGCAACGUCGGAGGACCCUUCCCGGCGAACAUGGUCCGAGCGGGGGUUGAUGCCGAUGGGUCGGUCAUUUACGCCGGACGUGCCUUCCACGAGGGCGAGAUGAUUCCGGCCAAGGUGAUUCCGUCCAAGAACGAGGCGUACAUUUGCUUCGGCGGUGAGGAGAUUCUCAAGGAGGAUUUUGAGGUCCUGCGCGCGGGCGAUUUUGUUUGGGAAUUUGCCGCGAACGGCGUCGUUCCGGAGGGCGCCAUUAAGAUGGGUGCGACCGUUGACGGGGAACCGCUGUACAUGGGACGGGCGCUGCACUGCGGAACGCAGACGCCGGGUAAGGUUCACUCAUCGCACGGAUGUUUGUACAUUCCGUUUGACGGAGCCGAGAUUAGCCUGCCGGAGUACGAGGUGCUGUGCAUUAAGUGAGAUUUCGGAUGUUGAAAGAAAUGUUGAAAGACACUUGAGUCUUGAGUACGGUGAAUAAAUUAUAUCGAGUUUAUAUUAUUA